GCCAUUUUCGCCUCCCGGCUGUCACAUUUGAAGCGCAUCCACGAUUAUAUCGCUGUUUUUUUUUGCUCAACUAAAGUUUUAGUGAGGAUUACAAGUCAGUAACGGACAACAUUGGACACAUUUAAGCGCUUUCUUGCAGUCCUCCAUUGUCGAGUGACAGUCUGGCGUGCAUGAAACCAGGCAAUGUCCACCAUGGUGUACCCACGUGAAGAAGCCCUGGAGAGACUGAGCCAGGAUGAGAUUGUCCUCAACACUAAGGCCGUCAUGCAGGGCCUGGAGACCCUGCGCGGGGAACACGCCCAGCUUCUCAACUCACUGCUUGAUUGCACCCAGCCACCAAUCGCCCAGGAAAAGUCGGGGCUGCUCCGCAAGAGUCUGGAGGCCAUUGAGCUCGGCCUGGGAGAAGCACAGGUGAUCAUUGCCCUGUCCAGCCACCUGAGCGCCGUGGAGUCGGAGAAGCAGAAGCUUCGCGCUCAGGUGCGUCGGCUCUGCCAGGAGAACCAAUGGCUGCGGGACGAGCUGGCGGGAACGCAGCACAAGCUGCAGCGCAGCGAGCAGAGCGUUGCCCAGCUGGAGGAAGAGAAGAAGCACCUGGAGUUCAUGAACCAGAUCAAGAAGUUUGACGAUGACGUGUCACCCUCGGAGGAGAAGAGCCAGAGUGCGGGUGGCGGAGGAGACACUUCAAAGGACAGUUUGGAUGACUUAUUCCCCAACGACGAUGACCAGGGACCAGCCCAGCGCAGCGGAGAGGUGGCGGCCCAGCAGGGAGGCUACGAGAUCCCGGCACGCCUCAGGACUCUGCACAACCUGGUGAUCCAGUACGCCUCGCAGGGAAGGUACGAGGUGGCUGUGCCACUGUGCAAACAAGCCCUGGAGGACCUGGAGAAGACGUCUGGACACGACCACCCCGACGUGGCCACCAUGCUCAACAUCCUGGCCCUGGUGUACAGAGAUCAGAACAAGUACAAAGAAGCAGCCCACCUCCUGAAUGACGCCCUGGCCAUCAGAGAGAAGACGCUGGGGAAGGAUCAUCCAGCUGUGGCUGCAACUCUCAAUAACCUGGCUGUGCUGUACGGCAAGAGGGGCAAGUACAAGGAGGCUGAACCCCUCUGCAAGAGAGCGCUGGAUAUCAGACAGAUGGUGCUGGGGCAAUACCACCCAGACGUCGCCAAGCAGCUGAACAACUUGGCUCUGCUGUGUCAGAACCAGGGCAAAUACGACGAGGUGGAGUACUACUACAGACGAGCCCUGCAUAUCUACGAGUCCAAACUGGGAGCCGACGACCCAAACGUGGCAAAGACCAAAAACAAUCUGGCCACGUGCUACCUGAAGCAGGGCAAGUUCAAAGAUGCCGAGACUCUGUACAAAGAGAUCCUGACCAGGGCACACGAGAAAGAGUUUGGAUCUGUCAAUAAUGACAACAAGCCGAUCUGGAUGCAUGCAGAGGAGAGAGAAGAGAGCAAGGGUAAGCGCAAGGACUCUGGACCAUAUGUAGAGUAUGGGAGCUGGUAUAAGGCCUGCAAGGUGGACAGCCCCACAGUGAACACAACCCUCAAAAGCCUGGGAGCUUUGUACCGUCGCCAGGGCAAACUGGAGGCAGCAGAAACACUGGAGGAGUGCGCCAGCAAGUCACGUAAACAGGGAAUCGAUGCUAUUAACCAGAGUAAAGUGGUGGAGCUGCUGAAGGACGUGGGAGCUGGAGGGAGCAACAGACGACAAAGCAGGGAAGGAAUCAACGGACCGGGGGGACAGCGGGGGGAGAACGAAGGCGACGACUCCGCUGAGUGGAACGGGGAUGGUAACGGGUCUCUGCGUCGCAGCGGCUCCUUCGGGAAGCUCCGUGAUGCUCUGAGAAGGAGCAGCGAGAUGCUGGUGAAGAAGCUGCAGGGGAGCGGACCUCAAGAACCUCGCAACCCAGGAAUGAAGAGAGCGAGCUCCCUCAACUUCCUCAACAAGAGCACUGAGGAGACCACACAGGACGCCAACUCCGGACUGUCAGACUGCAGGGGACUGAGUGCCAGCAACGUGGACCUAUCCAGACGCAGCUCCCUGAUUGGCUAGACAGCGACAGGAAGUGGGACUGAGGAGGCACAGAGCGGCCCGACGCGGAGAGGCUGGUUGCAGCUUGGUUUGAUCAAACAAACACAUUUAAAGCUCAAUGCAGAGAUCAAACACUUGCACCUGCAGCAUAUUUUUAAAGAACACUGGAGAAAAAAAAAACCUCACCACACUAAACAUCAUCCUGUAAGACACAGUCGCUGCUGCCGUUGCCGCUUCACUGUACAAACCGCUGCCAUCCAUCAGAAAGAGAAUAUUUAGACACACAUUUAUCAGCAUGCUGCUUACUAGAACGUGGAACGUCUGCACCUGACCGCCUCGUGUUUUAGACUCAUAGCACCGUAGCAAAGCAUCGUAUCCACAUCGUGACGAGUCCGUUUGCUCAACGUACACUCUCAUGUGCAGACAUUCAACCUUAGGUAGGCUAUAUGUACCCAGGUUUCAGUUCAGAGAGGUGUUUGCACUCUUGUAUAUUUCACCAGUAGCAUGAAGUCUUUGCUGAUGCUAACCACCCAUCGAAUGCAUAUCAGAGACGGUUAAAAACGGUACAGUCCGAUUUAGAUUUUAACAUACAAGCAAUAUACAACAUACAGUCUUGGAUUUUCAAAAAACAACAGCACUAAUUAUUUAAACCUCACUUUUUGCCUUCUUGUUUUUUUUUUUGUUUUUUUUAUGUAUAUACAGUUUUAAAUUAUUUCAUUCUUUGUAUAUAGUGCACAUUGAUUUUUUUGUUUUUCUUUUUGUUUACACUCUUGAGUUAAAGAGUCUCAGUUGGAAAAAAUACUACAUUAUCUGAAGGGGGGGAGACUGGAAAAGAAGGAAAGGAAGAAGGGAAAAAAGAGGAGUGAAAGAAGGAAAGAUAAAAAGAAAUAUUGAAAUGGGCACUUAAUUAAUUAUAUCAAUGAAAAGGUCAAAAAUACUGAUCAUUUUGUACCUCAAAUCACUGAAAUCUGCUGACAUUCAGAAUAAGCUAUCAGACCAUCAAGUUUCAGUCUAAACUGUUGUAAAGCACUUUGAGCAUGACAGUCAUGGAUAUCUCCUGUAUAUCCAGCAGCCAUGUUGGUAUCUACAGAGCAGACAGGGAGGAUUUUUCACUGGAUCCUCUAGUAGCCAUGUUGGGGCCCAAAACAGUGUUUUUUCAAAUGAACUUUCUUGCUGAUUCGGGGGUCGGUCGGCAGGAAAAGAAAAUAGGGGGGGGGGGGCAAAAGUUCAUUUGAAAGUAAAUUUACAAAUAAAUCAAUCAUUUCAAGUUUAAUCAAACACUAUAAUCGAUGCUUUCUUCUCCUCCCACUAAUGAUUCAUUUUCAAAUAAAGUGAAACAGCCAUAGGUCUGAAUGAUAUUGAAGGAAAAUGUGGAAGAAAUGUUAAAAAUAAUUUGUUUACAGUCAUUACAGCAGGAUACUUGAGGCAUAAUCAACCCUCAUUUAAAAAUAUGUUCAAAGCUGAUGCGGAGCUUCAGCUACAAUAUGUUUACUUUCGUUAAGAGGAUUCUUCUUCUUCUUCGUUUUUUUUGUUUUUUCCUUCAUUUACUGUUGUUGAUUAUGUAUCUUUUUUUUUUCUUCUUUUUUUUUUUUUUUACAGAACAAUCCUCAGUGUUGUUUUUAAUUCUGACUUGGGUGGAUUUUAUCAGUUGACAAAAACGACCGGAGACCAUACUUCCUCAGUGAAUCUUGUGCUGAAGCGUUUUGAGUCUGAGCUUUUACGUUGAAAGUCCUGAAAACUGAUUAUUUGAAUGUUACGUUUUAUGUGGAUUGUAGGGUGUGGCGGCGUUUACACUGGAUUUUUGUUUUGUUAGGAGAUGAACUCCACCAAAAUGAGACCAAUACAAAGAAAACUGUCCACAGAAUGUACAUGUCGACAUCAGACUCAGCCGUGAUCAGGUCGUCAAGAAAAUGCUUCUUUUUUCUUUCUUGCAACUUUCUUUGAUCCUUGUUCUAAAUCUUCUAAUUCGAGAAAGUCAAAAAAAAAAAAAGGGGUCAAUUCAAGAUGAACUGAGUGUGAUUUCAAAAACGAGAAGUUGCAGGUUUGUCAUGAAGGCAUUUUGUCAACGUUGGUGCAUUCACACCAUCGCCAUGUGCCUAAAUAAACCCGAGUCACUCUUCUUGAAAUCACCUUCUGGUGCAGUCACAUUGCUGAGUCUAAAAAGUGCUAAUUCUUCUAUCAGCUUCUGAAUGUGCAAGGUGGCGCAGGUUAUGGAUUGUGAUUAAGAAAAGAAAGAUAAAGUAAGUGCAUCAAAGGUGGAAAAAGUUGGUGUUUAAGAGAAAAAAAAAGAAAUGAAUGAAAGGGCAUUGGAAAGACAUCGGGAGAGGAAAAGUGCUUCAAGUCUCGUUCGCAGCAAAUAAUGUACAGAAUUAUUCGUGUACAACCUUUAUAUGUAUGUUUACUGUAUGUCACGUACACACACACACACACACACACACACACACACACACACACACACGAAUUAUGGGAAAUUCCUUUAAUCACAUACACAAUCUCAACACCAUGUAGUUGUGUAAAAAAACUUGGUGGAACACUAAUUUGUAGUUGAAGGUCUCCAAAAAAGCUCUAGAAACAUCAGUGCUCCGCAAUACACACAGCAUAAUACUAAUCAAUACGUCACGGUAUUAAUCAGUCACUGAUUCACUCUGGGUUGGUACAGUGUUAGUGCUCCAUAAAUAUAUGAACAUUAAGUCGCUAUUUAGCUCAGAAAAAUAGAUGAGAAAAAUAAAACUGCUGCAGUUGUAAAUAUUUAUCUUGACUCUGUCGCAGGAGGAGUUUGAUCCAAAGCUUCAAAGAUUAAUCAGAUCCUUGUCUCUCUGAUCUACUUGUCCAAAUAUUUAUGGAGAUUAAUACAUGUGCUCAGAACCAUGGAUGGUAAAUGUUGUGAGUAUGAAGGUCAUGUAUAUGUGCAGGGACUCCUGAUUUCAGCUGCUGUAUUGCUGAUGAUGGAUCUUAUUGUGAAGGGGCCAACCUGAUGUGUAUUUUAUCAAAGGUUCAAUAAAAACAAAUUCCACUUUUCAAA